AUGACUCGCCCGCCAGGCGCGAGCUUCGCGCAAUUCUUCCCCACAGCUCCAAAGGUAAAAGCUCAGUCUCAGACUCGCCCGGACCUGAAUAAAGAUCGCGAACACUCAAAGACUGGGUCAACACCGGCCUCUAUGACCGGCGCUUGCGACCCUACAUCAACACCAGCUGCGUCAGACGCAGACGCGAAUGCUGGCCAAAACGGCAUCGUUUCAGCGUCAGAUACUAUGCCCGCACAGCCCGACGACACAGAAUCACCAUUCACAGACAUUCCCAGCACUGUCGACUCGGCCAGCUCAUACAGUAGCACGGCCUCAUCAAUAUUUAGCACAACCGCCCGCCACGGUGCCGCGGCAACUUCAGCUUCGUCCCGUCUUCCCACCUCGAGCCUUACUCCCAUCGCUUCCAAAGAUUCUCCCAACUCAUUGGCUUCGGCCACCACAAAGCCAGAAAUGUCUACAUGUCUGACCGCCGACCGGGCCGCGAGACAGUCCUCCCGAAACUCACCGGCCAUUGGUCACAAUGGCUCGAUAUCAAACGGACCUCUUUCCAAUGAGCGCAUCCCGGCUCGAGAUCCCAUGCCCUCCGUCAAGGGCCUUAAGUGCACCUAUGAUCCGCUCCUCGAUCGAGUACACAAUAAGAGCGUCAGCAAGAACGCGAAGCCGACAUAUAAGGAGUUCGGUCGAGACGAUGACGCCCCCCCCAAAGACCCUCGACUGGCCAAGUCGGACGGUCGCCUCGGUUAUAUCAACACCGAUUACUACCUCCCUAAAUCGCGAUUGCGAACAGCACCUGAGAACAUCAAGCCGUAUCCCUAUGAUCCCAAGACCUCCAUUGGUCCUGGCCCACCCACGCAGAUUGUAGUGACGAGGUAUAACCCACUUGUUCCUUUCAGCAAAGUCACGGCGAUUUUUGCCACCUUUGGUGAAAUUGCCGAGAGCAGCAACAAGAUGCACCCAGAGACAGGUAGCUAUCUUGGAUUUGCGACAAUCCGAUACCGAGACUCUAAGCGACCCGACCGACCCCCCGUUUCUGCUAUCGACGCAGCUCGCCGAGCUGUGCGGACUCGAGGUAUCAAGGUUGACGCCGACAUCGUCCGUGUAGAGUAUGAUGCGGAAGGGCGUAGAAGCCGACGUAUGCUAGAAGAGCAUCUUAAGAGGGAAAAGGAAAAGUUUGAGAAGAAAGAACAAGAGCGACUUGCUCUUGCAGCCAAAGCACCUCCGACCGGUCCUAAAUCUGGAACUGCUCCUGGCUUUACUAGACCUCCCCCAACCGCUCCUAAGGGCCCCUCAGCACAACGACAACCUGUAGCCCCAGGUGCACCACAACUUUCUUUACUCCCGUCACAACAAAAAGGCCUCAAUCUCGAAACUUCGAACCUCACUCUAAAACUCGCGGACGAUCCAUAUAUUUACGUGACAGGCGAUAGUGUCCCAGUACUACCAAGUAUUCUUCCACACAUGAAGAAACGACUCAAGAAUUAUGGAUUUGAAGAAAUCCGGGUCGACAAGUCGGGCUAUUUCAUCGUGUUCCGCAACUCGUUUACCGGGAAGUCAGAAGCUGAGCGAUGUUUUCGCGCUGUUAAUCACACCGAAUUCUUCAAUUAUGACAUGACUAUGCAAUUAUGCUUACCUCGUCCCCGCCGAGAUGGCGCCUCAGGUCACCGGCGAUCCAGUGCAAGUCCAGAGCGAAAAACAAAUACCGAGCCACGAUAUCGCGAUGAGAAGGACAGGCGGCGGAGAGAAGAAGAAGCAGAUCUUGAAGAGGAGAAGAAGCAAAGAGCUAAGAACUUUGAUCCGGUGAUCGAGGCUGUGGAGGUUGUUAGACGUGAGAUGACAGAACAUCUUAUUCGACACAUUCGCACCAAGGUCGCCGCACCUGCUCUCUCGGAUUUCCUGGAUCCUGCCAACCAUGCUGCUAAGCGCCGGAAGUUGAACAUUGAGCACCCUGAUGAUUUGCAGGAGAUGGCCAGUAUCGAAGACGGCAAUGACAGCUCACGUGUAGGAACUCCCAACUCUCGAGCUGAUCCAAUCGAGCGACGAACUGGUCGAAUUGAACCCAAAGCUCUACCGAGAAUUCGCAAAACCAAGGUUAAGCAAAAGAACGCUUUUGUUGACCCCUUCGCACGAAAACGGCCACCUGUUGCUCGAAAUGCUUUCCGUUCGCUGCAUCACCGUCUUAGAAGCCUCGAUAGUGAUGUCGAAUCCGACGACGACACGGAUACCCGUACUUUGUUGGCGCGUGAGACAGAAGAAGCCGAGUCGCGACCUCGCAGCCGGAUGAGCACUGAUGACGAGGCAUCCAAGGAUGACUUUGUGCCAUGGGAGCAAGGCGAGGACGAUUCUAUGACCGAAGCCAGCUUCGCUAUAGCAGAUUCUGCUAUUUCCCGAAAGCGGAAGUUGGCAGCAUCAGUGGAAUCGGCUUUCAAACGUCAAAAGAAGUCUGAUGAGGAAUUGUUUGGCGUUAGGCUCGGAGCGCUUGGGUCAGGAUUUGAGACACGCGAAGAUUCUGUGGAUAUAAUAAUCCCCGAACCAGAAACGGGUGACGACAUCGAUAGUCGAAUAUCCCGCUCUGAAACCCCAGCUUCAGUCAUAGGUAAACCUCUGAAGAAGCGACCAUCCAGGGCAAAGAAGACGAACAUUCAUGAGCAGCUUGAGGCUCAGGACCUCCUGCCAGAGACAGACUCUCAACGCGACGAGGAAGAAGCUGUGGAACCUCCAAAGGCUAAGAAGACUGGAGCGGACACAGAAAAGCCUCCCACAAAAGAGGUCGUUACAGAGAAGUAUGACGAGAAACUUCUGUCAACAGAACCCUUAACUCCUGCACUGGCGCUACCCGAUGGCGCCAAGCCUGACUUACCACUCUUCCAAGGAUUGGCAAUUAGUCAGAGCGACAUACCUGAUCUCGCAAAACUUUCCAGGAGGUUCACUGCCAAGGACAUCGGCAACCCAGAGUUGUGGCUAUGGACCCGUAACCGCAUCAGGGAGCUCAACUCUGCCAGCAGGACAUUGGAUUCUCCUGUCACUAUCGGUGGUUACUAUGUACCCAAUCCUACUGGCUGUGCACGUACCGAGGGUGUCAAGAAGAUUCUCAACUCUGAAAAGUCUAAGUACCUACCUCAUCAUAUCAAGGUGCAGAAGGCAAGACAGGAGCGAGAAGCCCGUAACAAAUCGGGCAGGGAUGCGGCAGCAGAAGCUGCAGAUGCAGCAAGAAUCGCUGCCGAGAAACUGGUUGCCAAGGACCAUUCACGAGCGUACCGCGCUACCAACCGUCGCUACGUGCAAGACCUCAACGACCAAAAGAAGACACUCGGCCAAGACUCUGAUGUCUUCAAAUUCAACCAGCUCAAGAAGCGAAAGAAGCCCGUCAAGUUUGCUCGCUCAGCCAUUCACAACUGGGGCUUAUAUGCUAUGGAGAACAUUGCGAAGGAUGACAUGAUUAUUGAGUAUGUCGGAGAGCAAGUUCGACAGCAGAUAUCCGAGAUCCGCGAGAACCGUUACCUCAAAAGUGGCAUUGGAAGCAGUUACCUAUUCCGUAUUGACGACAAUACCGUCAUCGACGCGACAAAGAAGGGUGGCAUUGCGCGUUUCAUCAACCACAGUUGCAUGCCCAACUGCACUGCAAAGAUCAUCAAGGUCGAGGGAAGCAAGCGCAUUGUCAUCUAUGCGUUGCGUGACAUUGCCAUGAACGAGGAGUUGACGUACGAUUACAAGUUUGAGCGUGAGAUCGGCAGCCUAGACCGCAUUCCUUGCCUCUGUGGCACAGCGGCCUGCAAGGGCUUCCUCAACUGA